AUGUCGCCAUACCCAUACUUGUUCGAAAAGAACGUCUCCGUUCCCCUUAAAAACGGCAGUUUCAUCCGCUGCAAUGUCUACCGACCAAAAACGUCGGGACCUGAUGGAAAGCACCCAGUCCUGGCCACUUAUGGUCCAUAUGGGAAGGACGUACAUUAUCAGUACUUCAACGGUCCGAGUUACGCAGAUGUUAACCCAGAUCACAAAACGGAACACUCUUCUUGGGAGACGCCAAAUCCGAGCUACUGGACCAAGCACGGCUAUGUUGUCGUCAGGGCUGACGAGACCGGCACGGGUCAAUCCCCUGGUUUCCUCAACUCCCUCUCAGCAGCCACGAUUGAUGGCUUUUGUGAGCUGAUAGAGUGGGCCUCCAAGCAAAAUUGGAGCAACGGCAAAGUCGGUCUCCUGGGAAUUAGCUAUUUUGGUGCCACCCAAUGGCAAGUCGCAGCGCGGAGGCCUAAGGGUCUGGCUGCCAUCGUCCCGUGGGAAGGCUUUUCUGACUUCUACCGUGAUGCUACCCGACACGGUGGGAUUCUUUCUAACGCAGGUAUCGACACGAUAUGGAAGAGACAGAUCGGUUCGAACCAGUAUGGGCUCCCGGGACGAGCCGCACGAAAUUGGGGUGAUGACACCAUUGAGGGAUCGUUAUCCGAGGCUGAAUUGGCCAUGAAUCGGGUCACUCCCAUAGAGGGGGCGCGAAAGGACCGAUUCCGAGAUGGUGCUCGCUUCGCCUCUGUGAAUUUCAAUCUUGAAGACAUUCAGGUGCCUUUGCUUAGUGUUGCCAACUGGGGAGGGCUCUUGCUCCACCUUCGCGGCAACGUGCAGGGUUAUAUCCAUGCCGGCUCGGAUUUCAAGUAUCUGCGUUUCAUUGUUGGACGACAUGACCUCCCCUUCUAUUAUGCGGAAGAAGUUGAAGUUCAGCGGAGCUUCUUAGACGCAUUCCUACUAGGCCAUGACCGUGUAGGAUGGUCUAAAAGGGGGGCUAUCCCACCAGUCGAUCUGAUUCUGCGGAAAGGGAACGUAGGGUACAAUGAUCCCAAAGCUGAGAGCCAGUUUUUGAGGAGAACGGAGAACGAGUGGCCUAUUGCCAGGACGCAGUAUACGCCGUUGUUUCUUCACCCUGAUGGGGGCCUCUCUUGGAGCAAGCCGGUGACUGACCACAUGACGCCACGCAAGGUGGAGUACCAAGCAUUUGGAGACGGCGACGAUUCUCGUGCGUUUGUCUCCUUUACAUCAGCCCAGUUUGAGUCAGAAACAGAGAUCACCGGCCACAUUGUGGUUCGGCUCAACGUCUCCGUGAGUCGCCGUCGCUGGCAGUCCACCACACCUUCCGACAUAGAUUUGUUCCUGUCUCUCCGUCACAUAUCAUCGUCUGGCGAUGAAGUAUUUUAUACGGGGACCACUGGAGAACCAGCACCUGUUACGAAGGGCUUCUUGCGGGUAAGUUUGCGAAGAACGAAUCCUCAGCACCCUCGGCAUCGCCCUUGGCUACCUCAUCGCGAUUAUCUCUCUACCGACGCUCUUUCUGUGGUUCCUAAUGAGGUGUACACUGUGGACGUGGAACUUUGGCCUACAAACGUUAUAUUGCAGAGAGGUGAGCACCUAGUACUUGAUGUUGGCGCAUCCGAUCUGGCUGGUAGCGGUAUCUUCCAGCAUAAUGAUCCAUAUGACAGGCCAGAAAGUGUCUACAAAGGUAAUAACCAUGUGCACUUCGGGGCAAAUUACGACAACUGGAUCAGCCUCCCCGUCAUUCCCAAGAGCAAUUGA